ACCGCCGCUGCCGCCGCCGAGCUGCAGCACUUCACCUGAGCAACACUGAGGAAGAGCCCGCAGCCUGAGCGGUGCCAGGAUGCGGUGCCACAAGUUUUGGGGACCGUGUUCGGUUGGUUUUACCAUUUGGACGGCCAUUCUCUUUAAAGGAUCCCUGCAGGGAGAACACCAGAGGAAGCUGUACAAAGAGCUGCUGGCCAACUACAACAGACUGGAGAGACCUGUGGUCAACGACUCAGCUGCCAUCUUGGUGGAGCUGGGCCUCACGCUGCUGCAGAUUAUAGAUGUGGAUGAGAAGAACCAAGUGCUGAUAACGAAUGCAUGGCUGCAGCUGUACUGGACAGAUGUCUACCUGAGCUGGAAUCCAGAAAACUACCCUGGUGUCCAGAACCUGCGUUUCCCCUCAGACCAGAUCUGGACCCCUGACAUCCUCCUUUACAACAGUGCGGAUGAGCGGUUCGACGCCACCUUCCACACCAACGUGCUGGUGAAUGCAUCCGGUCACUGCCAGUACAUCCCCCCCGGCAUCUUGAAGAGCACCUGCUACAUUGACGUACGCUGGUUCCCCUUCGACGUUCAGAAGUGCGACUUGAAGUUCGGCUCCUGGACGCACAAUGGCUGGCUGCUGGACCUACAGAUGCUCAAUGUGGACACAUCCACCUACAUUCCCAAUGGAGAGUGGGACCUUGUGGGUGUGCCAGCGAAGCGUAAUGAGCUAUAUUACGAAUGCUGUAAGGAGCCCUACCCCGACGUGACGUUUACAGUCACCAUGCGCCGCAGGACUCUGUAUUAUGGCCUCAAUCUGCUCAUACCCUGUGUGCUUAUCUCUGGCUUGGCUCUGUUGGUUUUUCUGUUACCUGCAGACUCUGGGGAGAAGAUUUCUCUGGGCAUCACUGUGCUGCUUUCGCUGACCGUCUUCAUGCUGCUCGUAGCCGAGAUCAUGCCCGCCACAUCCGACUCUGUUCCUCUAAUCGCCCAGUACUUUGCCAGCACCAUGAUGAUUGUGGGAAUGUCUGUGGUGGUGACGGUUGUAGUCCUUCAGUUUCACCAUCAUGACCCCCAUGGAGGGAAGAUGCCUAAAUGGGUCCGGGUGGUUCUGUUGAACUGGUGUGCCUGGUUUCUUCGAAUGAAACAACCUGGAGAUGAACGCAAGCGAUCCAGUUACAAGUACCGUCACUCUAGCACCAGCUCCAUAGAGAUGGGUGCAGUAUCAAGCCUGUCUGCACAGGCAUCCUGCCCCCCAUGCCCCACAGGCACAUCCAACGGUUCUAUGAACCUCUACUUUGGUAAUUACCACCCUGUAGAGAACCCACACUGCCCACCCUCUAGCGACUCAGGUGUAGCGUUAGGUGGACGUGCAUAUGGCUCCCCCAGCGAUGAGGCUGAGCCACCUGGAGGAGUCAGCAGUGGCGCUGGAGGCCUGGUUAUGGGGGUCGGAAUGCCCCCACCAGAGAUCCAGCGCAUCCUGCAAGAGGUGUCGUACAUAGCCCAGCGCUUUCGGGACCAGGACGAGGCUGAGGCCAUUUGCAGCGAGUGGAAGUUUGCCGCAGCGGUAGUGGACCGGCUGUGCCUGGUGGCGUUCUCUCUCUUCUCCAUCAUUUGCACCUUCACUAUUCUCAUGUCGGCCCCCAAUUUCAUAGAGGCAGUUUCCAAGGACUUUACAUAGCCGGGUUGCAGCAGCACAGCAAGAGAGAGGAAAUGAGAAAGGAGGAAAUGUAUUGGGUUUAAUGAGUGAAAGUGGGAUUUUUAGGCUAUGUGGUCUUUACUGACAGAAACUUCUUACAGUAGCAAAGAGCCUUGCAAUUCUGCCAAGCUGAUAUAUUAUGUAUAGCAAACUGAACCAAUCAGGAAAAAAAAUAACAAAGACACAUCAUUAUAUCUGAUUAGCAUGUUAUAAACUAAGAAACAAACCUAGUCCUGCUUUUUUUUUAAGCGAAAGACUGUUUGUUUGUAUUUAGAAGUGGAAAAGUAGAGACAAGAGGCAAAAGGGUAGGAAUCAGUUCACUGCAUAGUUUUUUUUUUUUCAUCAGUCUUUGUCCUGAAAACAGUGUAAAUAUCAUCAAACCCUGUUUUUAAUGCAGCACUCCACACUCCACCUCUCUGCCUCUUCUUUCCAGUUGUUGAGUUGUUGUAUCUACACAUACACAUAUAAAUAUCAGUUAUGUCUGGUUUACUUUCUGGACUUUUCCUGACAUAUCAUCCCUGUGCUGAUGUUAGCUUAGUUACUAAAUGAGAUCUCUCACUGUGAGUACUGUUUUUGGUUUUUACGUCCAUCGGCAUAGCAUUGGACACACUUGUGUAGAAGUCAUUUUCUUUAUUCAUCAUUUAGGAUCACUUUUCACUUUAUCUUGCCUUUAGUUGUUUCAGGCAAAGUCACCACUCUGGGAAAGUGUGAUCAUAACAUUUCCAGUAUAGUAUCUAAAAAAAACAAUUGUGUUGUCUCAUAUGUACUGGUGUUGAACACGUACACAACAGUGUCAGUCUAUACUGUACACCUUUGUAUCCAGUCAUUAAUGUAUCUACAGGUUAGGUAUAGGUUUGAACUUGUUGACCUUUAAUGAAUAUAAGAGUGACAUGACUUUUGAAGACAAAGGACUGAGGCUCGAUAGCAAGACGUCAACUUCUCAACUCAAUCACCAGUGCAGAAUCUACUGUAGAUUUAGUAAAGGCCCAAGCAUCGAUACGAUUCGCCUCUGUGCUGUAGAUGGAGCCAAGUGAGUGAUUCGUACAACCAUGUUGUUUAUGUGUGAAGAUCCACCUCUGAGCCAAUGUUUUCUUGUGGCUGCAAUCUUUGGUCUCUUUGUCUCCGUCCCUGUUGUUCAAUCUUUUGGCUCUCUGUCAAUAAAGGUGUAUUUAUUCUCUGUA